CCGGCUGCGGUGUGCGCCAGUCGGCCCCAAGAUGCCCCUCCGGAACCAGCCUCCCGCGCUGCGCCGCGCCGCUAUGUCCACCAUCGCCAGUCACUUCGAGCUGCUGUGCUACGGUGUGCGCAACAGCAAGGAAAUGUCGGAGCUCAUCCAGUCCGACGCCUACCUCGACAUCGACGGACCCUUCCAGCACUUCCCGCCGGAGCUGCUGGAGGACCUGUUGGCCGCCAUAGCGGAGGAGCACGUGCUGCACCGCAAGCAUCUGCACAUGCUCGUCACGCCGGCCAUCACCAGCCUCGACCUGUCGCUCGGCACCGGCGACACGCUCUCCGGCUUCCGCUUCAUGCUCCAGCGCUGCAAGAACCUGAAGAAGCUGAACAUCUCCUACCUGCGGCACAUGACGCCGAACAUCCUGCUGGGACUCAUGCCCUGCUUCAACUCCCUGGUUAGCCUCAAUCUCAGCAUGACCAUGGCCACUGACCAGAUGCUGGAGCAGAUCGGGCUGCAGUGCCCGCUGCUGGUGGAGCUGCAGCUGGUGUCGACGCCGAUGACGGACCGCGGGCUGGUGCGGCUGUGCGUGGGGUCGGACGGCACGCGCCUCUGCCAGCGCCUGGCCCGGCUCGCCGUCGCUGACACCAGCGUCACGGUCUGCGGCGCCGCAGUUGCCCUGCAGUCGCUGCCCUGCCUCUCAGAGUUCGACUUCGACAACAUCUUCGAAGCGCUGGAGCUGCUGGAGACGUGGGACCACGAGCUGGAGCACCGCCUGCUGUCGGGGCUGGGCAUCCGCCUGUCAGAGGAGGGCAGCCCGCGGCCGGAGCGGCUUCGCCUCAGCACGCUGCUGUCGGCAACGGAGCGCGCGCAGGAGCACCAGCUGGACUCAGCGACGCGCCUCUGCCCCGACACCAAGACCGUCGCGCUCUCCAACGCCUGGCUGCCCUCCGAGGCCCUCUACAAGUUCAUGCUCUUCGAGAACCUGUGCGCCCUCUCACUCACCAACUGUGAUGGACUCACGCUCGACUUUGAAGCAGGCGUCCUACCACUGCUGUGUGUCAUAGGCGGAAACCUGCAGAAUCUUAUUCUCUCCAAUUUCACCUUCAUUGAUAUCCUGGCAAUUGGACGAGCAUGCCCACAACUCUUAAAUCUGGCCCUCUCAAAUGUCGCAGAAUACGAGGACAUUGGAACUCCCAGUCCUGAAUGUUUCAAUCAGCUGCAGGCUCUUGAGCUCUGGUCAGACCCACAGGCUGACUUGGGACCCAACCUGUUUAGGCAACUCUUGCUCUUCAGCCCUUCAUUACGUAACAUACUGUUCAAAGGAUGUGAGAACCUUACUGACAAAUUGCUGAAUGAGAUUUUACAGAUCAAUCCAAUGAAGAAUAUUUCACAUGUAACUCUGGACCACUGUCAUGGGCUUACAAACCAAAGUCUCCAUUAUCUUCUUGACUUGGACAAUGAACUAGCUGUUAUCAGGAUAUGGUGCUGCCAGGGGAUCAACAAACAUCAUAAUAAUGAACUCAUGCGCAGAAUCUGUGAUGAAAAUAUGGAUGUGUAUCUUGAAUGGUUCCAAUAUGAUGAAUAAAUAGUUCCUAUUUAAUUUUUAACAAAAAUAAGUUAGCUUAAAUGCCUGCACAUUUUAACAAAUGCUUAACUACAAGCAACAAGAUUUAACACUAUGUGCCAAGUUAUCACAGUCUCUCAUACAGUAUGAAAUUUGAUCCAGAUGAACAGCGAGUUGGGAUGGCACACAAAGAGAAAGAGGAAUAAAUGUCAGUAUUUUCUUUGUUUUGAGCUGUGUAAAAAAAUAUGCAGUGAAAAAAGAUGUAUAUAAUUUGUUUUGAUUCACAUUUAAUCAUAAACACAAUUUACAUUAACCCACUAUUAAUUUAUUCAAACUAUUGGUGAAACAGUUUGGAUUAACAAUACUACUGUGGUCAGUUUCAGGGCACUUAUUUCAUACUCAUUAGGUAUUCAAACACUUCUACUGACAACAAUAAUUCAUAAAGGUAGUAAUGCUUCAUUUUCUUUAGAAAAUCUGUGAUUUUGAAAAAGAGUCUAUUAUCUCCCCAAGAAUUAUUUACAGCAUAAAGUACUAUGACUUUUGUUAUUUGAAUCAAUGUUUUCUCAAAUUAAUACACAAUAGCAAAUGACAAAAAAAUGAAAAUAAGAAUAUUAUGAAGUACAAGCUGACACACUGGCUUCAGCUGCAAAAUUGCUAAACUUAUAUUUCCAGCAUAGCAGUUAAACAUACUGAAUACUAUGGCUCUUAGGGGUAUUGCACACUGCUUUAAUUAUGUGUUCCCUUAAAGUGUAGGUCUGCAGUGUCUCGCUGAAAGUCUGUGAAAUUUCAUUAGAUGUGGAUUAGUCCAUAAAAUGAUUUAGGUGUCACAUGAGAUCUUCUAUAUUUCAAUAAAAGUUUAUUGUGUCUAA